AGGCGUCUUCCCCUGGAAAAGCAGUUCAUCGUCAAAAAACCACGAGAGUGAGAAGGUUCCAUCACCGACCGUCUCCUGGCGUCUCUUCGGUAGUAAAUCUAGCGGAAAUCUAUCAGCGAAGACUUUAAGCCCUGAUGUGCAGACGUCUUUGACUCCUGUCUCCUCUGGAGCGAAUACACCACAUCAUCAUAAGAGACAGGGAAGUUCCGCUAGUGAGAAGCAGUUUGAAGAUCUUGUGGCCAGCUCGAUUGCGCUGAUACAGCACGACAGGCCAUCAAACUUGCCAGCAAAAUGCACAGAAGAGGCCCUUAGACAUAAGGCUGAACACGCACGGAUGGUAGAAGCAGCUCGAAGGCGAGUGGAGAAGGAAGCCGCGGCGCGACAUGCUCGUCUACAAGAAUCCUUACGCCAAGAGGAGAGGCUUGCGCGGCAUGCGCGGGAGUGGACACAGAAUAUUCUGCUUGAUUGGCAUAAUAUGAAAAAUGCAAAACGCACCCUAGAACUGUGGUGGAGCGGGCUUCCACCUUCAAUCCGAGGCCGCGUGUGGCAACUAGCCAUAGAGAAUAAGCUGAAAAUCUCACACGAGCACUAUCAAGAACUCGUCCUUAAAGCGAAACAGAAGCUACACGAAGCACAGUCAAGAAGAAAACGAUUAAAAGUCAGCACCCAGGAAUCUUGCUGCUGCAAGAAAGGGACAAAAGAGAAUCAACCAAAAAAUGACGAGAAGUCACAAUUCAAAGGAGAAAUGGCCUCAAAACUCGACGAUUGCAAACCUAAAAUACCAGAGAAAUCAAAAACAGAUGACAACCUGGAAGAAAAACCUCGUUUGAGUAUACCGAGAAACUUAAGUGAGCAAAAUCUUAAGGCUCAAGAGAAAGUUACAUCCAAAUGCUGUUCGAAAUCAAACCCUAAUCUUUUAGAUUAUAGUGACGAAUGUUCUAUGGAGUUAAUUCAGCUGGACAUAGCAAGGACGUUCCCCCAUUUAUGUAUAUUUCAACCUGGUGGACCCUAUUUUGAUGUUUUGCACGAGUUGCUCGCUGCCUACGUGUGCUAUAGGCCGGAUAUUGGGUAUAUUCAGGGCAUGUCGUUCAUUGCCGCCGUGCUGAUCCUUAACAUGGAGGCGCCACAGGCGUUCGUCUGCUUCGCAAACCUGCUGGACGGGCCAGUGUUGAGGGCUGCCUUCACGCGUGACGGUGCUGCUAUGCAGCGGCUCUGGAAAGCGUAUACAACCCUCCUCCGGCACAAUCUGCCGUCACUAGCGGAUAUCGUAGCGCCGGAGCUGUACCUGCUGGAGUGGCUGUAUACGGCGUUUGCGAAGGCCAUGCCUCUCGAUGCGGCCUGUCGAGUUUGGGAUGUGUUUCUAAGGGAUGGGGACACGUUUCUUUUUAAUACUGCAUUAGGUGAGUUAUCGAUUUAGUUGUAGUCAGAAUAGAAUAGAAUAUAAAGAA